AUGGUAGGAGGGAGUGGUAACAACAAUGAUGGAGGAGAGCUAAGUGAAGUUGUGAGGCAGUUGGCAGCUGUUGCCCAACAAUUGGCAAGGAACUCAACCAAUAAUGUGGAUGCUCAGGGAGAGCUGUUUAAAAAGGUGGCGCAGAGCAAGCCACCAACCUAUCAAGGAGAGCCUGAUCCAACUAUACUGGAAAACUGGUUGAGAGAGUUUGAGAAACUGUUUCGGGCAGUAGGGUGUCCGGAAACUUCAAAAGAAGGUUGUGCUACCUACUACCUCAGGGGUGAAGCUGACCUUUGGUGGCAGCAAAAUGAAGUUACCAUUAAGGCACUACCUAGAUUCAAUUGGACGAUGUUUCAGGAGAAAAUUAGGGACAAGUUUUACCGUAGCUUCUUACAGAAACAGAAAGCUGAGGAAUUUUCUAACCUUGCAUUGGGGAAUAUGUCGGUCACUGAAUACUACACCAAGUUUAUUGAGCUAUCACGAUUUUCUAAAAAGUAUGUCUCUACAGAAAAGUCUAAGGCUAGGAAGUUUGAGAGUGGACUAACUACUGAUUUGCAGUUAAAGUUGUGUGGGCAAGGAAAUAACAGAGGAGCAAGGCAUUUCUACUGCAAGAGGUGUAAGAACGAUCACCCUGGUAGGAAUUGUGAUGGAAAUUUGGUUACCUGUCCUGCUUGCAACAAGUUAGGACACGGGGAGUAUGAAUGUUCCUCCAAGGACCCCAAUAAAAACAAGCAGGGAAAUAAUCAAGGAGGGGUUCAAAGGAACUUUCAGGGAAAUAAAAACUAUUCAGGAAAAAAGGGGGCACAACAGAAUGGAGCGAAAGGCAACAACAAUAAUAAUGGGGGAAAUCAGGUGAAGAGUGGAGCUCCAAGGAAAUUGAAUGUGAUGUGUAGGCAUGAGGUUGAUUCCACGAAAGAUGUCAUCACUGGUACCUUUUCUAUUAACUCUAUUCAUGUUAAAAUCUUGUUUGAUUCUGGUGAAACCUUUUCUUUCAUUUCAAAGGCCAUUGUUUCAAAAUUAUCAAACUGUUUGAAAACCGUAGAUGAGGUAGAUUUGCCCAUAGUUAUUCCUACGGGUGGGGUAGUAAAGUGUAACAAGACCUUUAAGGAUGUACCUUUAGAAAUCAAAGGAAAAGUGUUUCUAUCAGAUCUCAUCGAGUUUGGGUUGACUUCGAUGUUAUUUUGGGAAUGGAUUGGUUAA